AUGCCACCCUCCACCCAACCAGCCCUCCCGGACGACGACUCGCCCAAGUCCUUCUCCUCCUCCAAACCCCAGAGCGCCGCAACCUACACCCAGUCCCGAAACCGCGUCGACCUCAUCCUAGGAGCCUCCCACAAAUCCAUCCUGAGCAGCCUGCGCGCCGGCCACGCCUCCCUCUACUCCUCCUCCACCACCACCCCCCCUCAACCACCAGCAAGCCCCGCCUCCUCCAAGCCCGCCUCCGUCGGCUUCUCCGCCCUGCUCGGCGGCUCCUCCUCCUCCUCCUCCGCCGCGCACAGCCACAGCCACAGCAACACACCGCGCUCAGCCGCGACAGCCCUACAAGACGAGCUCGAGCGGGAGAUCGCCUCGCUGCGCAACACGAGCGCCAACGCGGGCCUCGGCUUCGCCGCCGCGAACAAGCAGGCCGAGAAGGACGGCCCCGCGUCCGCGGCGCAGAACGCGGCGCUGAGGCGGCGCAUGGGCCUCGGCCGGGGCGGGCGCGCCGGCGAUGCGACGAACGGGGCGGCGCGCCGGCGGGCGAGGGAGGACAGCAGCAGCGACGAGGAGGAAGGGCGGAGCGCGCUCGGCAGGAGGAAGUUCAAGAGGGCGCGGGCACAUCGAGAGCCCGACGAGAUGGAGGAUCACAGUACCGCCGAUACGGAUGCUCAGAAGACUGUCGGACCGAACGGCGAGGCUGCGCCAGCCAGUGUCAAUGAAUUGGACGCACCCGAAGGGAUGCAGGCCGAGGCCGGGAGUGGAAUAGACACACCCGAGGCACAACAAGCUGCGGGCCUCCCACCAGACGGCCAAGCGCAGAAGCGCAAGAAGAAAAAGAAGAAGAAGCAGAAGAUGGCCUGA